AGUUCCUCAAUUCUACAUUUUUACAGAGGUAGAAACACAGCUCUGAACUUCUUUCUUUUUCCUUUUUUCUGUUUUCCUUUUCUUUUUUGGAAACACUGCUGAAAGAGUUGAGAUAGUUUUGUAUUCUACCAUGCAUUACUACAGACUAUUAUUCACCAGUGAACUACAGAAGGAUGUAAGAUAUUAGACAGCUCCUCCUUUUAGAGAGAAAAUGGAAACACCAUUUGUCUUGUUUUCUCAAUUAAAUAUGUGUGAAUCAAAAGAAAAAGCUUUUUUCAAGUUAAUGCACAGUGGGCCAGGAAAAGAAGAAGCAAGCAAAGAGGCUAAGACAAGAGCCAAGGAAAAAAGAAAUAGGCUGAGUCUUCUUGUGCAGAAACUUGACUCACAUGAAGAGACCCGCUCCAGUAGAUUUGGGGUCUUGGCCAAAGAAUCAAGAGUCUCCCCUGAAGAAGCAGUGAAAUGGGGUGAAUCAUUUGACAAACUGCUUUCCCAUAGAGAUGGACUGGAUGCUUUUACCAGAUUUCUUAAGACUGAAUUCAGUGAGGAAAACAUCGAAUUUUGGAUAGCCUGUGAAGAUUUCAAGAAAAACAAGGAACCUCAACAAAUUACCCUUAAAGCAAAAGCCAUAUAUGAGAAAUUUAUACAGAGUGAUGCUCCACAAGAGGUUAACCUUGAUUUUCACACCAAAGAAGUCAUUGCUAAGAGCAUCACCCAACCUACCCUCCACAGUUUUGAUGCUGCACAAAGCAGAGUGUAUCAGCUCAUGGAACAAGACAGCUACACACGUUUUCUGAAAUCUGACAUCUACUUAGAAUUGAUAGAAGGAAGAUCUCGGAGACCAACAAAUCUUAGGAGACGGUCACGCUCAUUUACCUAUAAUGAAUUCCAAGAUGUGAAAUCAGAUGUUGCCAUUUGGUUAUAAGGAAAAUAGGUUUGUCUCAUUUUGAAGGUUUUGCCUUACAAAUCAACCAACUCACAGAAAGUUUCUUUGAAGAUGGAAAACAAAAAUCAUAACUUUUUAAAGAAAAAACUUAAAAAAUCAAGUCACUUUAUAAACAGCUGAAAAGAAGUAACGGUGUUAGUAGUAAAAUAUUGCAUGUGAAAAAUUUAAAACUAUGAGCUGUGAUUUUAAAGGAUAAAAUCAUUUCACAGUAAAUACACAUGGUUAUAUGGUGCUUUAUUUAAUAAUGAAAUUUUCUACAGCAGAAAUGAAACUUUAAGAAAAAAAAUACCUACUAAUUUUUAGAUAGUCUGCUUAUACUUUCAUCUCUGAUUUCUUAAAUGUAACAAAUAAUCAAUAAUUGUGGAAAAAAUAAAGACUGAAUCAUUGUGAAAGUCUGACCUAAACAAAAAAGUCACAAUUCUGCUUUUAGACUCUGUAUUUUUAACAAGAGCAAGGAAGUAGAUGGAAAAAUUGUCAUCAAUCUGUGAAAUCCAACAAUUAAUUAUUUUCUCAACACUGAAUUUUGGUUGCAUGUGAAGAAACUGGAAUCCGACACAUGAACUCAAAUGAGAUCAAAGCAAUAUAAAUGGAAUCAGGAACAAACUUUUUAUUAGGUACAAGGUAGCUCAGCAUACCUUAUACCUAAUUUAUUCUUAAUGAAUCAUACAAACCUCCCAUAUUUCAAAAGCGUUUGUCAUGCUUCACCCUCUGUUUCAUUCUACAGAAUAGCAGAAAUUCAAAGAUGAAUAAAAUAGUGCAGUUUAUCAUUGAGGAAACCUAAUGGAAUUCCUAUAUGAGUAAAUUCACAAAAGUGUCAUUUCAGUAUCACAAGCUAAACAUUCAGGUGCAUCUUGCCUUACCUGGGUCUUAAAAAUGGCAAGGCAGUUUCACACAAUGCAGUCAAGCAUCUGCUAUCCUGUCUUCAAAGUUUGUCUCAAUGUGUUCUAAAUUAAGGGGUCAAGUAUGGAUUCACUGUGUUUCCACUGAAACCUGAUUCAAAAGGUCAAUCUUUGGAAAUUUGCACUGAUUCCAUAGAAUAAAAAAUUCUAUGAAUUUUUUGUAACAUAUUUAAUGAAUGGACAAAUAUUUUAUGAACAAUUUUAUCACCCUCAUUUAAAGCUCCCUUACAGUAGGAACUCCCAGAAAUGUGUUUAGGUUUUAUUCAGAGAAAAUUAGUUAACAUGGAGAUUUGGGAAGUAAAUUUUUUAUGUAAAAUUGAAAAUCAGAAUGUUAAGAGAUGGUGAUAAAUGAAUAUCAACUAUAAAAUCGAAUAUGUGAUCAUUGAAAUGAUUCAACACAUAAAAUUCUAUUCAU